AUGGUUCUGUCACACUUUGUCCAGGCUCCCACGGCGCCUGCCCUCAUCAUCUUCAUUGAGCCCAUCCAUGGUUGGGCUGACACUGGAGCUGGGCACACCUGUGCAGUUUCGAUCUCCCGGCCGGUUGGACCGCGGGCAGCCCGGGCAGCGGGUUUUAAAAACGACGGCGGGGGUGGGGAGGCGGCCGCCGAGGGAGGGAGGGAGAGGCCGAGGCCAGGCGCCGGCCAGCGCUUCCUCGUUCAGGCGCCGGGGAGGUCACAGCCUAGUGAAGUUUGGUUUCACAAGCGGGACCCGGAGGCUCGGGGACGAACGCGAACUCCACGGGAAAGCGGGCCAGCCUGGGAGCGCCCGGAAGCACGGCCGACACGUUCCCACUGCGGGUGGGGGAGCUGCGGGCCGGGCCUGGAGCCCCUUCCUGCCUCGGCCGAGGCCCCGCAGCCCGCGCCGCCCCGCUCUGCUCCUAGGCCCCGCGCGCGCCCAAACUGGACCUCCGCCCCGCGCCGCCCGGGGCCGCGGCUCCCAACUUUGCUCGCAGCGAAAGACACCGCCCGAGCCGCGCGCGAGCCCCAAACUUUGCCCGCCCGCCCGGCCCGCGCCCCCGCCGCGCCGCGCUGCGCUGCGCCCCGGGGCGCCUCGUCCGCUCUCUCCGGCCCGCCGUGUUUACCUGAGGCCGAGGUCCCGCGGCCGCGCCGGCGCAGGAGGCCCGGUCUCCGUCAGUCCGCCGCUAAGUUCUGCACCAUGGACUCCUCCGGCCGCUCGGAAGCGCGCGCGGCCCGCGGGCUGGCUCGGACGGCCGGGUCGGGAGCACGCAGGCAGCCACGCAGCAGGAGACCCGGGCAGGCGGCGCUAGCUCCGCGCCGCUUGCGCCACCGCCGCUCCCCUCCCCCGCCGUGUCUGGCGGCUCCCUCCCUUUCUCCCUCCCUCCUUCCGCGGGGCUCAGCCGCGCCGCCACAGGUCGGCGCACUGUGGUGACGACGCGGGCGGGCGGGCGGGCGGGCGGCUGGACCCGCCGCACGCUACCUGCUCGCGGGCGCUGCCGUACUCCCCCGGACCUCCAGGGGGCGCCCGCGAGCCGCGACGGACGGACGGACGUGGUGGGCGGGGCACGCCGCCCGGCUGGAGAGCGGGAGCUCCGGCGUCUGCGAGUGGCCGGGGCUUCUGGGAAACAUUCUUCUUGCCCCGCCCUCUUGCCGCUCGGAGCGCUACGCGCACGCGCCGUGCUCAGUCCUCGCUCCACCCCUUUCCCCCUCAUCCCCACCCCCGCCCCUGCGCCCUGGCCGCGCUCUCUCUGGUCGUGGCCUUUCCUGGCAGGCUCCGUGGGCGACAAUAAAGAUGUUUUGGAGAGACUGCAGUCCCGAGAAGAACUCGUGCGUAGUUGGCACGGAUGAAGUACUCCGCCCGCUGCACGUGCGCGGCGGCCUGCCAGCCCGGGACACACUCCCACGCCCUAAGCCCGCGUCCCCGAGGCUAGCCGAGCCUGGCUGGCUUUAAGUGCUUCCACUUUCAGUCACUCUGCGAUGUCCUCCUGCCCUGCAGCGCCCUCGGAUCUUUUGUUUCACCUCGGAGGUGUCUUUACAGGCUUUUCGUCAGGCGCUGGCUUUUUCACCCCCUGCUCCACGCUCUAGCUUUUCCUAGUUGUCCUCUUGCAAUCCACGCUGUCGCCUGGCCACCCCAACCCAGGCUGUUCCCUCCCUACCUCCAGCCCAGCAGCGUCCCCUGCCCUCCUCUCUGAUCCUGUCGCUUCCCUGGCAUCUUCAUCCUGUGCUACUUGGCUGUUCAGUGCCCGUCACGUCACACCGAAGUUUGGGAUGAUGUCUCGUUAAGCUCUUCACAGAGCCGAGCACCAGCAAGGGACUGGGUAAAUAACCGCUUAGGAAUGCAAUGAAUGGCAGCCUUGUCUCUCCCAGUGUCAGUGAGCUAUCUUCAUAGGUUUGGAAAUGUGGUGUUCCUGUGUGCAAGUAUUUCGCAGUGAUUUAGAGGUGUUAAAAUACUUUGUUCUGAUGAAACAAGACUUUCUGAGGGACCUUUCUCUUGUAAUGACGACGAAUGAAGCUGGUGAUUAAGAAAACCUAAAAACCUGUUGAAACUGUUGUGUGACAGAAUCAAGUCAAAGGCACUGUUAACCAUCCUGCAGAGAUAAAGUUUAGCUUUCCUGUGUACACUCGGGGUCCAGAAUUCACCCUAGAGAAUUUUAUCAGUAAGAGCAAUUCCCGGUGAAGAUGUGAUAUUCUUUUGUAUGUAUUUUAUUUUGUUUUUAAUGCAGAGUCUCACUGUGCAGACCGAUCCUCAAACUCCACAUCUCCUACUUCAAAUUUAUUGCUCUACCUUUUGUGUUCGCAACAUUUAAAAUUCACUCUGUAGCCAUCGUGCUGGGUAACAGAGCACGAGAAAAGGCUCCUCCUGCCUAACUGCCCUUUGACCACCUCCCGCCCCCAUCCACCUCCCCCUCCACACACACAAUACUUACCUAACAGAAACGAAGGUGCAUUGUAAUAUAGGCUGUUUCUUGUUCCCCAAGAGAGAGACCCUGCCUAUUUCUAUAUAUGGUGUUCUCCUCUUUACUGUGUUUGCAUGAUAAGAAUGUGUUUUGUUUCCUUUUUUUUUUUUUAAAUUUAUCAGAGAGGGUAAAUAUAAAACAGAUGGAUAAUGUCGAUGGCAUACCUGUUAAUACUUUAGACUCAUUUAUAAUCAUAAACAAGUGAGGGCUAGGGAGGUGGCUCAUUAAGUGCUUACCACACAAGCAUGAGGACCUGAGGUUGACUCCCCAGAACCCACAGAAAGUUGGGCACCAUAGCAGGCAUCCGUAAUUCCAGGGCUUUCACGGAGAGACAACAGGAGAGACCUCUGAAGCUAGCCUGCUGUCAGAGACAACAGACCCUACCUGUAGAGUGUAGAAGGCAAGAAUUGAUACCCAAGGUUGUCCUCUGACCCCACUUGUGCACUGUGGGACACACACUUUCACGAGUACACCACAACAGAGAAGUACCCCAUGAACAAACAUGUACAUACAGAGAGCAUUUUAGUUUAUUUUUUAUGUAUAUGGGUAUUUUGCUUACAUGUAUGUCUGCACCACAUUCUUGCAGUGCCCAUGGAGGCCAGAAGAGGAAGACAAGGUGUCUGGGGCUGGACUUCCAGGUGGAGUUAUGAACCAGGUUGUUGUUGCUGAUACUCAAACCUAGCUCAUCUGGAAGAGAAAUGCUAAUAACUGACCUGAACUAUCUCUCCAGUCUCCCUCCCCCUCCCCCCCAAAAGAGAUUUGCUAAGAUCUACAAAUGGUGCACAUAAAAAUACCUUCAUUGAAAUUCUCAAUUGUGUUGCAGUUUCUCGGGCAACCAUCCUUUCACAGUGUGAUAGAAACCCAUAGCAUUGAAAAACCAAAAACAAACAAACAAACCCAUAGCAGCAGCUUUGAAAAUGAAAGGUGAUCGGUCAAUGUAUACAUUUUUAUGGGUUCAUCAGAAAUAAUUGCUAUAAUCUGUCUUUUAUGAAUGUAACACAAAACAAAAUUCACAUUAAGAGAAGAAGAAAAAAGAAAUCAUGGAAUAAAGACCUUGGGUUACUUAACCCCUUGGCAGUUUUAAACAAAUAACCCCGUGUUUUAUCUUCGAUUUUUAUAUAACAGGAGGUUUUCAAUUUAAUCUGUAUAGUGUGUUUAUGUCAAUAAAAAUUUACAAAUUCAAAAGGUAUGCAGUUAAGACUCAUGGACAAAAUGUGGUCAAAUAUGCAAUGUCCAUAUAACGAAUGGAAACUAAAUGCUAUAAGGAAAAGUUACAGGAACUUUCACAAAAUAAUAUAGCUUUAUUAAAACCAAUAUUCCACUCAAGAAAGAUGAACCUCCAGAUACAGUCUCUUAACACUAAUCAGCGUAACCAAAUACAGACAGAGUCAGUGGUGUGCCCGCAUUGGUGUGCACAGGGGUUAGCAUUCUGCAUUGUAAGUCAAUAAAGCAAGCCCUCCUAGCUCCAGCCCCAGCCACUGGGAAGUACACAUAAAUGAUUGUACACUCUGCAAUAAUACCCUAGCUGUGAACUUUGAAUCACGUGGUAAAUUGCCAUCCGCGUGGGUGACACCAGAACCCCGCAGCCCUAGCACCAAAUUCAGUGCUGUUCAAUCUUGGCAUCAGCUGUUCUCACCGAACAAAUACUGUGGCCGACCACUGCUGACGUGAUCAAGCCCGUAUCAUUUUACCCAUGUUACCACCUGUCCAAGGUCCAUCACCUUCGAGAAAAGCUCUUGCGCGCGCCAGACUUGACCAGCAAGAACGACGCUGCAACAGGAUCCUUCUGCACACGUUUAUUGGGAGAGCUUGAUUGCAGAGGCGAAAAGACCCCGAGCCCAGAACUGAUGCUGUUUAUAUAGGCCUAGGAGAGGCUUGUCUCACACCCGGAUUGGUUAUGCACUAUGCCUCAUUUGCAUGUUCCUCAUCUGAUUAGCUACUCUCUCUCUCUGUACCUCACAGAGCCUCAUUAUCAUACCUCAUUUGCAUGUCUCACAUCUGAUUGGUUAUACUCUCAAAGCCUCAUUAUCAUGCCCGGGCCAGGCAGUGUCUUUGCAAAAAACUUUACUGCAUAUGUACACAUUGGUUGUUUGUCCAAACUUAUGCGUGGUGGCCAGCAGUAGUCAGUGCCACUCUGCAACGGCACAUGUGGCUUCCCACAAAAAGCUGUACUCUCCUUGAUGUCACACCCUCUGGCAGAGGCUGGCUAUAACUGGGUUUAUCGCUAACAGUUGUCAAACAGCAGGGCAGAGACACCUUCAAAGGCGAGCAAGGCCAGUUUGCUACGUCAAAUGUCUUGGUUACCCUGAGGAUGUAACAACCAAUGCUCCACUGGUAGUGACAGACUACUGAACUACAGACAGCGAGUUUGGUGUGGGAAGGAAAUCUUGGCUGCAGGCAGAUACUUCUGUCCUCAGAGGCAAAGUUUUUCAGCAUUGGUCAUUGAUUUCUUUCUCAACUAGACAAAUUUUAAUCAUCUUUUCCACACUCCAGGAGAUAUAGAUGCUCUAGAUAAUGCAAGAGAGAUUUGAUGACGCCUCCACAAAACUACCUUGGUCAUCCAGUCCAUUUGCCAAGUUUGCAUAGUCACUCACCUAGAGAGGCAGUUCGUCAUUGCAGUCCAUGUUAAACAUUGCCUCCCAUCCACCCUAAUGUGUCCCUUGAAGCGCUGGGUCCUUCCCAGAAUUCCAUCUCAGCAGGCCAGUGUUCUCCACGGCUGCCUAACGGAAGCUUCUGCCCAUCAGAUUUCACGGCUACCCAACUGUGGCUCUGGAUGCCGUAAUUAAGUUAACUGUGCUUCCACCUCAGGGCGUGGCAGACAGGUCACGUGACCAUGUGCCGGAGAAGUCCACCUCUGUGUCCAGUUAAUGAUAAGAUUUCCAAGGCUUUGCAUCCUCCAGCUACUUCAUUCUCAGAAUAGCCCUCAGAUAAACCUCUUCCAGGACAAAACGUCCUGAAUGAAAUCCCCUUCCACGAAAAUGUCUACAUGCAGUCUGCCCGGCCUCCACUGUUUAGAGACAAGACAGCACUUGUGCAGGAUCUGAGGAUUGAGACAUUGUAACACAUAAAAACUGAACUCCGAGGGAAGGAGUUUAAGGAUAGCAUCCUGUUACGGCAGAAGAUGCCUGGGCUGUUUGGCCCCACUCAGACAAGUCCCGUGAUCCAGAGUUUCAUUUUUCUGCGAAUCUGGGAAAGAAAUGUAACGGAAAUAAUACCAAGUCAUGUCUCAAAGUCCUUUCUUUCCAUAAGUUUAUAAAAAUAUUUACCUAAGGGAGCCUGACAGUGACUUAAGUCACUCCUAGUCACGGUAUCUGCGACUGCAGACACUACACCUGGUCUACAGUCUCACAGGAGCAAGAGAGAUGAUAGUUGGCCUGUUUGUGUGUUAUUUUUUAAUUUAUUAAACAUUUUGAUGCAUGUGUAGAACACAUUCUGGUCACGAU